CCCUCGUCCACGACAUUGAAUAUCCCCGCCCGCGAGCUGCGUUGAUCGGCUGAAUGGUCAGGAUGCCCCCCGCGCCCGAUGGCAAGAUCUACUCCGCCACGUAUAGCAAUGUGCCGGUGUACGAGCUUCAAGUGGCCGGCCAUUUUGUGAUGCGGCGCCGCGCCGACGACUGGAUCAAUGCAACGCACAUCCUCAAGGUAGCCGACUACGACAAGCCCGCGCGCACCCGCAUUCUCGAGCGCGAGGUGCAGAAGGGCGUCCACGAGAAGGUGCAGGGCGGCUACGGCAAGUACCAGGGCACAUGGAUCCCGCUGCACGACGGCCGCAUGCUCGCCGAGCGCAACGGCGUCCUCGAGAAGAUGCUGCCCAUCUUCGACUACAUCCCCGGCGACAGGAGCCCCCCGCCUGCGCCCAAGCACGCGACGGCUGCCUCGAGCCGCCCCAAGGCUGCGCGCGCGACCGCCGCCGCCCAAGCUAGAGCAAACGGCGAGGCUGACGAGUGCGCAGCCUUUGUGUCCAAUUCUCAAUCGCAGAUAGGCGACGAUCCCUACGAAGCGCCAGCCCAGGCACCGCAGAUCUACCGCGACGAGACGCCCGACAAUGUGACUGUGGUGUCGGAGAGCAUGCUGGGCGACCAGGACAUGCUCUCCGCGUCGCAGUAUUCCGCCAGCAGCCGGAAGCGCAAGCGGGGCGUCGACCAGAUGUCGGUUGAGGACACGCAGCACCAGAUGUGGGCAGACGCACUGCUCGACUACUUUAUGCUCCUCGACUCUGACGAGGGCUUCGUCGCGCCGCCUGAACCGCCCCCCAGCGUCAAUCUCGACCGCGCCAUCGACGACAAGGGGCACUCGGCGAUGCACUGGGCAGCAGCCAUGGGUGAUCUCGAAGUAGUCAAGGAGCUCAUCCGGCGCGGCGCGCGCAUAGAUUGCGCCUCGAACAACCUCGAGACCCCGCUGAUGCGCGCUGUCAUGUUCACCAACAACCACGACAAGGGCACCAUGCAGAGCAUGAUCAAGAUCUUCCAGCAGACGGUGGUCCGAACCGACUGGUUCGGCAGCACCGUGUUCCACCACAUCGCAGCGACCACGAGCAGCUCAAACAAAUACUCGUGCGCGCGCUACUAUCUAGACUGCAUCAUCAACAAGCUGUCAGAAACAUGGAUUCCAGACGAGGUCACCCGGUUGUUGAAUGCGCAGGACAAGAAUGGAGACACCGCUAUCAUGAUAGCUGCACGACAUGGCGCGCGGAAGUGUGUACGAAGUCUGCUGGGGCGCAACGUCUCCGUCGACAUACCGAACAAGAAGGGCGAGACAGCGGACGAUCUCAUCCGCGAGCUGAACCAGCGACGGCGGAUGCACGGCCGGCCACGGCAAGCAUCGUCAUCGCCUUUUGCGCCGCCACUAGACCAGAGGAUGAACGGACACGGAUCCCAUCUAGACGACCUGGUCCCCUCGCUGUCAUUACCUUUCCCCAGCCUCUCAACCCGCGAAUCGCAGCGCACCGAGUACCGCUCGCAAACAGCCUCCCAUCUCAUGACCAAGGUGGCGCCCACGCUGCUCGAGAAAUGCGAAGAGCUCGCCGCAGCCUACGAAGCGGAACUGCAAGAAAAGGAAGCAGAGUCGCUGGACGCAGAACGCGUGGUCAAGAAGCGGCAGGCGGAGCUCGAAGCCACGCGCAAGCAGGUGUCGGAGCUCAUGGGCAUGCACAACGGGCUGCACAUCGACCUGGGCGACGACGAGGCGGACCGGCAGCAAGAAGAUGAGCUGCGGAUGCUGGUCGAGGAGGCGGAGUCUCUCCUCGAAAUCGAGCAGAUGACGGAGCUCAAGCGCAUAUGCGCCGCUGCACCACAGGCGAAUCCCAACUCGCCCAUCGACCUCGCGGAGAAGAUGCGGUUAGCACUUCUGCUGCACCGGGCGCAGCUGGAGCGGCAGGAGCUGGUGCGGGAGGUAGUAGGGAAUCUGUCGGUUGCGGGCAUGGGGGAGAAGCAGGGCGUGUACAAGAGCUUGAUUGCGAAGGCGAUUGGGGAGCGCGAGGAGGACAUCGAGUCGAUGCUGCCCGAGAUCCUCAAGGAGCUGGAGGAGGAGGAGACGCAGGAGCGGGCGGAGGGUUUGGAGCAGAGUCCCGUGUAG